AGUCGAUUAUUGCUAACGAAAUCAAAAAAAUGUGUGGUCGCCUAUUGUUGCUGUUGGCGUGCUUGGCUCUCUGCCGUGGCCACGCGAUAGUCCCAGUAGUGCCAGCAGCGCACUCCUACCACGGGCUAGUGGCGCCUUACCCCCUGGUGCAUCACGGUUACGCUGGCCAUGGUAUAUUGGGUCACGGAGUGGGAGUGGUCGCCGGGCCGCUGGGACAUCACUUGUGGAAGCGCUCGCCGCAUUACGUAGCUCCGUUGGCAGCCGUGGCUCCUCUGGCCCACGUGGCUCCCGUGGCCGUCUCGCACCAGGCUCGCUUGGACGUGCACUCUUCCCCAGCGCUCGUGGCCCCCGUGCUGCCAGUGCCGCUGCUCCAUAAGACAGUAGUCGCCUCACCGCUGCACUACGGGGCUGGAAUCCAUGGCGGUCUUUAUCCUCACGUCGGACAUUAUUAAGAAAUGUGCAACUAACUGGCUUCCGUUUUACUGUAAAAAGUUUUUGGUUACUAAUGUAGAAAUAAUAAAGUGCAAUAUCUAGAA